UUUUGUUUUUUUCUUCUUAAUUGCGUUUGAUUGAUUGAUUUGAUUUGAUGAUUUGCAUACAAACGGUUAUUUUUGUGUUGGCAGAGAGAACAAAACAUUGAAUUUUUGAUUUUUUUUUUGUGAGAAAUUCUUUGAAAUUUUUUUUUGUUUUGUAUUUUGAUUCUGCUAUUGCCUGAUACAAAAUUCAUCAUUUUUGGAAUUGUGAAAACCUGAAAUAACGAAUUACGGAACCUUAAAUAGGCAAGAGAAAGACUGUGAGAGGAAGUGAUCAAAUUGAUUUAUGAUAAUGUUGACGGAAGUAGCCAAUAUAACGACAAAUAAAACUAUUGAAUCUUCAUCAACAUCCUCAUCAACGAUAAAUAAAAUGGAAUCGGCUACAAUUAUGAAUCAAUCCUCAUCAUCAUCGACAAUAAAUAAUAAUUCUACAUCAUCUCCAUUAACAUCGGCCGCUGCUGCUGUAAAUGCUACUGGAUCAUUGAUGAAUGAUACAUCUUCAUUAUCAUCAUCGUCGAUGCUAUCGAAUCUUGUACCAGGAUCUGGGAGAUUUUCAAACGGUUCGAAUAUGAUGAAAAGUAAUCUGAUGAUGAUGAGCGGUGUUGGUGGUCAUCACCACCACCAACAACAACAUACCAAUAAUCAAACCGGUGUCGAUUCAUUUGAUUAUAAUUCAUCUAUUUUGUUUGAUCAAUUAUCGACAACAUCUAAAAAUCUAUUUGGACAACCACAAUUGCAGCAACAACAACAACAACAACAAUUUGGUCAUAAUUCAAAUCAAUCAACUUUCAAUAUGGUUGGUAAUUAUUUUCAACAACAACAACAACCAACAAAUCAUCUUUAUAUGCAACAACAACAACAACAAGUUAUGAAUAAAAUUGUUCAACAACACCCACAACGGACACCAAUUGGUUCACCAUCAUCGAAUGGUUCGAAAAUAAGGAAAACAUCAACAUCGGUUACAUCGACAGCAACAACAACAUCUUCAUCAACAUCAUCACAGAAUGUGAAUAAAUCACCAUCAAAAACAAUGCCAAAUCAAUCCCCUAUUAUUGGAGUUGGUAGUGGUGUUGGAAGUAAAAAUGUGUGGAAAUCUAAUGGUAAUCAAUCGACAAUGACAAAUGGCCUAUUUCAUACGAAUCAAUCAAUAUCAUGGCUACAAUCAACGCCAAAAGAUAGUGAUCAUAUACUUCAACAAAUGUUUACUGAUCUUCAACAGCAACAACAACAACAACAACGAUUUAAUACAGCUGUUGGCGGUAAAUUUACCGGUUUAAUGGCCAAUGGUCAUAAUGAUCAUAUAAUAGUUGAUACAAACAAUUUUGGCCUUUCAACCACAUCAACAUCAUCAUCAUCAUCAUCACCGGCAACAAUGCGUGAUAUUUAUAAUUCAUUUGUUGAUACAAACAAUUCGAAUGAUACUAUUAUUAGUAGUGUUGGUGGUAAUAAUAGUAAUUAUCAAUCAACUAUAACAACACCGAAUUCAACCGCAUCAUCAUCUUGGACUGGUAGUGGACAACAUUGGUCAGAUCAACAAUCUCAUUCUAAUACCAUAAAUAUACAAAUGAAUCGACCAUCAUCAACAACGAAUCAUAAUCAACAGGAAUCUAAUGGACUAUUCAAUGUAUGGAAUGUUGGUAAUACAACUGUUGUUGAUUCAAUUAAUGAACAUUUGAAUACAAUUCUUGGUCAUCAAUCUAUUAAUAACAAUAACAAUAAUAAUCAUCAUCAUGUUCAUCAUACACCGAAUGAUUCAUCCAUUAUAUGGUCAUCUGAUCAUCAAUGGUUACGGCAAAAAAACAAUAAUGUUGAUAAUCUAAUGAUGCCAAUAUUAUCAUCGACAUCAUCGUUAUAUGGUUCGAUUUCGAAUAAUAGCAAUUCAUCGAUUUCAUCCAAUAACAAUAUCAACAAAGAUUCAAUAUUUAGAUCACAACAACAAUCAAAAUUAUUGUUGGAUUUUUAUCACGAUAAUCUUGAGUAUUUCAUGAAAGAAGAUCUACAUGUAACGAAAACAAUGUUGGAUUUUUAUAUGGAAAAUUUUUCACUUCGAUCAACGAAUAUAUCAACACCUACAACAUCACAGCAAUCGAAUCCAUUAUCAUCAAGUCUUGAAAUGGAACAAAUCAUUUUGAAUCGUUUAUUGUCACGUAAAUCAGAUACGAAUCCGGCAUCCGGUGAUUCGAUGGAUUCUGAUUGGGAUGAAUUUGCCAAUGUUUAUUAUGAUCUGCAGGAAAAUGAACGACGUUUACAAUAUCUGGAUAAAGUAUUGAUACAAUCAAAGUUGGAAGAAAUGAAAAAACUUUAUACAUUAUGGUUUAUGAGUGCUAUGCAAUUAUCAUCUAAUAAUUCAAUGAAUUCUAUAAAUAUUGAAUCUGAUUCUGGCACAACGAAAACAGUUGGAUCAUCAACAACAACAUCAUCAUCAUCAUCAUUGGAACAAAAUAAUAACAAUAAUCAAUCAAUACAAAAUUAUCAACAAUGUAUGGCAAACGUACAGGAUAAAUUGAAACAAUUACAAAUGGAUUUAAAAAUGUUACAGCAAGAUAGUGGUUUAAAACAAUUUCAGAUAACCGUAUUACGAUUACUGAAAUAUUAUAGAAAAUUAUUCAAUAUGAUACCGAAAGAAAUUUUAUUGAAUUUAUCAAUUAUAAAUCAAUUACAGCAUAACAACAACAAUAAUAUUGAUGAUGAUAGUAAAAUAUUGAAAAAUGCAAAAAAUUCAUCAAUUAAUGAUCAAAGUAGUGAUGAUGAUGAUGAUGAUAAUAAUGAUGGUAAUAAUAGCGAUGAAGCAUUCAGCGAUGUUGAUCAGGAAUCUGAAUCCAGUCGAUCGAUCGAUUGUAUUAGCAGCAGCAAUACAACAACAACAACAAUAGCUGAUCAACGAAAACUACAACAUUCAUAUCGACAAUUUUUAAAACGUGUACGUUGUCUAUCGGCCAAUCAACAACAUUUAUUAUAUUCGAAUGAUAUGGAAUUGAAAAAAAAUAAUCGAAAGAAUCGGAAAACAAGUUCAGCUAGUUUGAUGGCGAUAAACAAGAAUAAUAAUAGUAGCAAUUCAAUGAUGAAUGGUUGUAAAACUACUAUUGGUGGUGGUGGUGGUGUUAGUGGUAAUGAUGAUGAUGUUGCUGCUACAAUAACACCGAAUAAGAAUAAAAAUAAAUCAAAAUCAUAUCCACAAAUUGUACGACUACGAAUGGAGCAAUCACUAUAUUUUCCUUAUUAUUAUCCAAUGUCAGCCGAUAGUCUAAAUAUUCAUGGACCAAUAACGGUUGUUUAUAAUCGGCCACCAAAAACAGGUCAACGUAUGAUCAUUGGACAUUUGACACAUAAUUGGAAUCUAAUUGAAACAAUUGAACAAGAAACACAUCGAUCCGGUACGACAGGUACACUGGUAUUGGAACCAAAGUUUUCCGUAUCCAUAUCGGAUUCGAUAGGUAACAAUAAUUUGAUAAUCUCACAGGAUUCACAAGCAACAGUUCCAACAUCAAUGUUGAAAUUAAUCAACAGGUUACGUACAUUGUUUCCAAAUGUGCCAAUAAAUCAAUUGGUCGAAAUCAUACGGCAAGCAAAAUAUAUAUUAGUAAAACGAUAUAAAAUUCAAUACGGAUUUUCUGGAUUUAAAAUGGGACAAUUAGUAAAAUUUAUCAGUGAUUUAAUUGUUGAAAUGGGCGUUCAAUCAGCAACACCAUCACAAUCGAUCGAUACAAUGUGUUUGAAUUCGAAUAAUCCUUUGUCUGUUGUCAAAAUAGUGAAUGGUUCGACUGUUACAACAACAACAACUACAACGAUAGCAUCUAAAGGUGGAAUAUCUUGGUCGAAAAUAGCCGCACAAAAUAGUUCAUCAUCAUCGAUACCAUCAACACCGACAGUUAAAGAUUUUGGUUGUGCAUCAUCAUUAACAUCAUCUACAUCGACAGCAACAACAAAUACGAUGACAGGAACAUCCGGUUUAUUAAUAUCAUCAGCAACGACACCUAUCGGAAUGAUAUCACCAAUAAUGAUGAUGUCGAAACCAACACCAUCAUCAACACCAUUAUCAUCGACAUCGUCAUCAUCAUUAAUAUCGACUACAUCGUUGACCGGCAAUAAUAAUAAUAAUAAUAUGAAUACAUCAUUUACAUCGUCAUCAUUGUCAUCAUUGAUGGCUGAUAAUAAUAAUAGCAAUAACAACAAUAAUAAUGGUAGCAGUGGUAAUCAUCAUAAUUGUGCCUUAUGUCAUAAAACAAUGAUGGCUCCAACUAUUAAUAAUAAUAGUGUUACAAGUUUAGCAACAAAACUUGGUGGUGGUGGAUUCCGUUAUAUGCCACAUUGUAAACAUUUAUUUCAUAAAGAGUGUUUUGAAAGUAUCCAAUCGACAACGACAGCAGCAGCAGCAGCAGCAGCAAAUUCUUCGAUAUUAAAUAACAAUACCAACAACAGCAACAUUAACACCAGUAAUAACAAUAUCAAUGUCAAUUGUCCAUUAUGUGAGAAAUUAUUUGUAUUACGUAAAGAUGAAUUCCCAUCACUUAAUUGAUGCAUUAAUUAAUUGAAUGAUUCUUGUUGGAUGAAUUAUUUUGCAAAAAAAAAGAAUAUUCUUUUUUCUUUGCCUAAA